GGGCGGGCCGUGGGGAAGAUGGCGGCGGCCGUGGCGGGCCCACGUGGGCGCGGGGCCGCGGGCAUGGAUACGGAUACGGACACGGACACGGACAGCGGUUCUGAGUUAAGUUCAGAACUUCCAGAUGACAGCUACUCUUCGGGAGGUGAAGCCGUGGAUGGUGAUGAUGAAGAUGAAGCAGCAGCCCCUGGCAAUGUGGCUGAAGAGGCAACAAGCUCCAAAGAUGGCCCAAGUUCAGGAUGGGCAGAUGCCAUGGCAAAAGUGCUCAACAAAAAGAUUCCACAGAAUAAGUCCACCAUCUUGGCCAAGAAUAAAAGCCUGGAGAAGGAAAGAGAGAAAAAAAAACAAGAGAGGGAAGAAAAGAAGAUGAGGCUUGAUAAAAAGCGGGAAUGGGAAAUGAUGUGCCGAGUGAAGCCAGAUGUUGUCAAAGACCGAGAGAAGGAAAGAAAUCUUCAGAGAAUUGCCACAAGAGGUGUUGUACAAUUAUUCAACGCUGUCAGGACGCACCAGAAGAAAAUGGAAGAGGAGGUGAAGAAAGCAGGGGGCUCUGAGAGGAAGCGUGCUAAACUGAUGUCUUCUGUUUCAAAGAGAGAUUUCAUUGAUGUUCUAAGAAACAUGGAGGGGGCUAAAGGAACCAAGAAUCCUGCUGGAAAGGCUGCUAAAAGUAAACAGGGUGAAGUGAAGUCUGAGGAGGGGCCAGAAUGGAAUAUACUGCGUGAUGACUUCAUGAUGGGAGCAUCUAUGAAGGACUGGGACAAGGAAAGCGAUGGAGAGGGCAACACUGAAGAAGGAGGUGGUCUGAAACAAGAAGAUGACAGUGACUGAAUGAAAAUCAUUCAAGAUAAUGUUUUAUCUUCUUAAGUUUGUUUGGAUAAAAAGUCAGCAUUCUAUGAAUGUACAACACUUGGAGGAUACCUCUUUUAAAAGGAAAAAAAAAAAAAGACUUACACAACCUUGGAGUGUUUUCUCCUCCAUGUCAAACUUUUAUUUAAUAUAGCUCCGUUUGCUAUACUGAAAUCCUGAAAUAUUUUCCAAAACAAGUAUAAUUUUCAACAUAUUUCCAAAACAUUUUGUACAGUCAAAAUAGUGGCACUUGCCCAAUGAAAGAUAGAUUUUGCCAAGGUCAUUAAAAGUUUACACAUUAGUCAUGGCAAUUGAUGUAUUAGUGUGUCUGCAUUUCCAAAUCACUGCUGCACUUUGAAAAGUUGUUGCAAUUUGCAAUAGAAAUGGCUUACAAUAAACACAGAAAUGCCCUCACCUUGUAAAGUUAUUGGGCUCCUAUAGAGUCUUUACUACUUUGGCCAGAAAAUGUUCUGUAGAUAAUAAAGGAAAGUAACCAUUCAUGUGAUAGUUCUGGUCUAGGAGCAUUAGUUUGAUUGGAGACAACUCUGGAAACAGAACUGUAAAGACAGAGACUUGACCCUACUGAUAGGGUUUAGUAUUUAUAUAUGUAUAUAUAUGGUUUUUCCAUUGCCAGUCUGAGAUUGUAUAGGCUAAGAGUCUGGUAGGAAAGAGCAGUCAUUGUUAUUUCACUGGGGAGGGAGAUUUUCUAACAAUACCACAGAAAAUGGUGUUCAGUGUUGCUUCAUGUAGAGUUAUGGUGUUCUGGCCUUUUUCAGUGAGGAGCCAGAGCUCUGAGAUUGAUCCUGUGGGUUUAGGCAGCUCUAAUGCUAAAUCCUCAGGUGUGCAAAGGGUCAAACCAAAGCCCUUCCUCUUAGUGUGGGCAUAACAGUAACAAAUUUGGAAGUCAUCUGUCAGAAUAACACAAUUGCCUUUCUUUAAGCUACAGCAAUUUCUCCUCAGUAGUUGUUGGUUGCAGAGGUGCAGAAGCUAACACACAUAAGAAUAUAUUUUGUGUAAGCAUAUGCAGGAGGAAUUGUGUGGUGAUAAGGGUGUUCUAAAUGAGAGGCUGGGGUUGAAUUCUGCUGCCUUUGCUGUUCCAGACUGACUGUCUGAUGCUGUGUCAUUUGUUUAACUUUGCUAUCACAUUUCCCCAUUUGCUACAUGAAGAAAAAGCUUUGGGGCCCAUUAAUUGAUAGUUAAAAUGCAUGGUACUGUUCUGUCCAUUUCAACAGAUGCCUUACAGACAAACCUUUCUUUGUACCUGCUUAUAGGCAAGAUAUGAUUAGGAGCUACUUUGAAAUUUUCAGUCUCCAGCAUGGAAAUGUGCAGUAGGAUUUAGAUUUUUCUAACAAAGGCAUUGUUUGAACUUCGUGUGUACUGCAGGAUAAAAACUAUGGGUACAAAAUGGCAGAGAACCCCAUCGCAACAACUGGCAAUCAUUGUCUCGUCCCUAGCCUAUUCAUCUGGUAUAUAUUGUAGCAUAAUUCUUCCAGGAGAACUCCAGGCUAACAGCAGAAAUGUUUAGAUUUUCAAGCUGUUUUGAGUGUUAAACAUAUUAGAUAUCUGAGGAGACAUUAGUUUGUGGCCUGAUAUUUAUUAUCACAAAUGAAGGCAUACACCCAAAAUACCAAGUGGCAAAACCACACAAGUUUGACAUAUGGUUAUCCCAUCUUCUGAAGGCUCCACAUCUGUACAGCUGUGCAGUGAGAGGCACCAUCUCAUGAGUGCAGUGCAGAAACUGCUGCAAUGGGGCUUGAGUCCAUGAAGCAGCAUAACAGUCUAACCUGACACUGCUCUCUCUCUCUACAGAGUUCAGCUGCUUUCUGUGGAAAAAUUACAUCAGCAGCCUUAAAUCUACAGUUGCUCUCUAGUUUCAUAUCAGCAGUUUCUUUCCAUAAUCAAACUUCUGGAAAAUAAUCUUAAGUUUUCCUUAGGAACUGUGACAUCCUGAGGUGAUUAUUAAAAAUUUCAGAAUGCUUUCCAAAUACUUUUAAAAUGCUUGGGUGUUUAUUUGUGUAUUUUUGGAGUAAUGUUUUGAUUAAAGCACUGAAGUGAAUCUUGUGUGUUUAAGAAAAAUGUGGAAUCUAUCAGUAUUGCCAAAAGUAUUUUGAGCUUCCAUUUCAUUUAGAGGGCAUAGCCUAUAAGGGGAGAGCAUUUCUUGCCUUUUAAGAAGCAUAGUAAUUACAUUUUUAUAUAUUUAUAUUGAGUAGGUUUUUAAAUUUUAUACUGUACCUUGUCUUUGCCUUGUCCUUUUUUUGUGCCUUAUGCCAAGAAGCUCUGAGAGUUGCUAAAAUUGCUAACUACAUAUUUUGAUUUUAGACUGCUUUAUUUCACAAGUUCUGUUUUUGUUGACUAGAAGUUCAAAAGAUCUUCUUUGGCCCAGGCACCUUCCAGUCUCUUCUCUGGGCUGCCCUACCCCCUUUUUCAGUAAUGUUCUUCCUCUUCAACAGCUACCAAGAACAACCUUCAGCAGCCUUUCCCAGCAGUCAGAGUGCUCACUCUGUUUUUUCUGCUCCCAUGAAUAUCUCUGCUCAAGCAAAGUUGUGCUGCUGCCCUUCAUUCCAGAGAGCAUGAAUCAUCUCAACUUUGUAUAUUUCUGUACCUAUCUAUAUAAAGCCAAUAAGGAUGGGGUGGUUCCAGUUUUGUUAGGCUUCAAGCCAACUCCAGAGUAUGUAAAGUUUAAUAUUCUAUGGAUUGCACGCAAAGCAGGAGUUUUGUUUAAUAAGAGAAGGCACAGGGUCAGCUCUUCCCCAUGUCUCUUGUCCCCUGGUCUAAUUUCUCCUCAAUUAAUUGCGCUAACAUUUUUUCAGCAAGGAAAGCAUGAGUUGGCCUAUGGAAAAAAAUAACUGUCUUGCCCCUGCUUUUCUUCAUCCUCCUGUUAGGGAAACACUUUGAGAGUGGUGAUGGAAUAACCUUGUUGUGCCUGAUGCCGCUGUACCACAGCAUCAUCUCUGCUGAAACCUGGAGGGUAGAGCUGCCACUUCUGCAGCUGUGAGGCAGAUCAUCCUGGGUUCACAAGCUGAGCAGGACAAAAGAGCUGGAAGCUGCUUCCUAGUGAAGAUAGGGCUUUUUUGUCUGAUUUGUUUUAAAGAGAGAAAUUAAAUGUUUGGAGGCCAUAAAAGUUUUUUGACUAUCUGAUGCUUCCAGAAGAAGGUGGUCUGUAGAGCUGCAUCUGUUCAGAGCUGGCUCAGUAGCUGUCUCCAGGGAGGAAGGCAGAAGUCAUCUGGCACAAAACACUCUGCACAACUGAAAAUGACAAGCUUCUCAUUCUUAUGAAAUGAGUCCUGGCACAGUUAAUAUACACACAGAGCAGUCAUCAGUGUUGUUCACUUCCAAUCCCUGCAAAUUGCUCAAUGAUUUCUUCAAGACUUGCUGAGGUAAGGAGUGAGAGGGCCAGGAGAAGGCUUGAGGUAGUGGAGGCUCAGGAUCAUGUUACACAGAUUGGGUCCUUGUGCUAAAUAAGUUGUUAAACUCGGGAGUCUAAGACCUUAGACACUGGAGACUGAAGAAGGUCUUGAUUAACAGAUGGUGGAAGACUGUACAUUGCAUUUACUGCUGUUCUAAAGCAGUGGCUUCCAACCACUUGCAGCUUGUAAACCUCCAGUGUUUCACCUCUGUAAGUGAUGUAGCAGAUCAGGGCUUUUUCUUAACCAUUCUUCUUCAGACUUUUAACAAUGGCUGAUCCUUAGACAAGGCAUUUGUUUUCAAAUGCAUCUUUUUCAAUUGCUUUUCUGUCUUAAGGGACAUGUUAAAAAUGAAACUCCAGUCAAACUGAGUACCUUCAGCACGAAAGGUCGUGUGUAAUACUCCAUCUCUUGAAAUCACUUCCUUUUGCUUAAAUCCAUGUGUUUAACCUGUUGGAUACAAAAUUGUUAAAUUAAUUAGGGUUAUUUCGUCAAGCUUUUGGAUGUGAACUCAUGAGCACAAGCAGUUUCCAAGAGGCACUUUAGGGGGUUAUUUUAGGAAUACUCAUAAAAAGCAUUAUUUCUUCACAAUGCCACAGUUGGUUCAAUAGCCCAUUCUCUCAUGCCAGUGCAUGAACUUUUGGAGCAUAAUUUUACAACAUUUUCCUUGUGUUUCUUCACUCUGUUUUCGGUAAAUAUGGUGGUGUUCACUGUGAACUGCUAACCAGGAUCAGACUUGCACUGAGGUUUUCAUACCACUAGGAUUUCUUACUUAGAUAGUGUUCUCAGAAGUAGCUGAAUAAAUUAUUAGAAACAGUUCACCUACAAGAUAAGCUAGUUACAUUUCUUAUCAGAAACUUCAUGCCAUAAUUAAGAAAUGGUUAAAAAUAAAACCUGCUGAUGUUAGUAGUUCUUUAAGUCAUGUGUUGAAGGCAUGUAUGAUCAUAAGUAGAAGGUAACAGGGGGUUGUUUGCCAUAAUUUAAAAAUCUGAAGUACUUAAAAGAUUCAACUAGCCAGUUAGGAGCCCAUUGUAAAGUGCAUUAGGAAUAUAAUCAUGGAGAUUGUGACUUAAGCCUCAUAGCUAUUCAAUCACUCUGGCUUUGAACUUUGCUUUUCUAUCCUGAUAAAGGAGAACAUUCUAAUCUUGUUCAGAACAGAAAAGCUUAAAAGUGUUGCUUGAUUCAAGCAACAAGAUAGUGACAGGCUUUCCUGAUUAUGUGGAUUUUGCAUUGACUUUCAGGUUGAGUACAGUUUAUCUCAAGAGGAUUUUCUUUGGUUUUUAAGUGAUCCAUAAAUUGCAAGUUUUGUGGGCAGUGAAGCAGCCUUUAACUUAGGGUAGCCUAUGUCCAGGGACAAGAGCUGGCCUGUAUCCAUUUCAGAAAGGGUGCCUGAGGUCAGGCAGCUGAAUGAAAACUGUCACUGGAGAGUUGGGAGUUGAGCCUUUGCCAUACCUGCCCAUGGCUCCUUCCCAGCCACACCUCGCAGGGCUGCUUGGAGGAGAAGGGCAGUCAAACACACACUGUCAGUCUGCAGCACAGGCUACUCUGCACCCUCACUUACAACCCCAGCGAGUUUCACAAGAGUUCACUUUGCACAGUAGUGCAAUAUUGCUGCAACGGUGUAGUUUUCUACAAAAGGUAACAACAGUAUGGGUUUUAUGUGGAUUUUUUAAAGGAGUGAAGUAUUUGACAGUACCUACUGAAAUCUGGUAUAUCUUUAUGAUUAUCCUUAAUUAAGAAAAGACUUCAUAAAAUUCUGAAUUGUCUCUUCAUGAUUAAUAGAAAAAGAUUGGAGAUUUUUCAGAACUUCAGACAAGAUCCUCAAUUUAAGGAUGCAUUACUCAGCCAAAACAAUGAAUUAGACCCAAGUAUAAAUAUACUUCCAGUGUGAACAUUGACCAAAUUGGGAGGAUGAUAUAUUGAUACUCCUUCUUGUGGAUUGUGUUAGAAAGGUUCUGGUUAGGCCUUGGAAGAUGCUGAACAUCUUUCUGAUGUUGUAGCACUGCAACCAGCAGGUCAAACCAGGAUUGCCAGUGCCACUGCUGUUCUCUCCAUCUGCUAUGUUUUGCCUUUUUUUUUUUUAACUGCUGGACUUAUUUUAAAUUUUAGUGUCAUUUCCUAGAAUUAAAGAAGUGGAACAUAUCUUAUGUGAAGAAGAUAGACACAUUUCCCUUCUUACUUGAACUUUCUAUGUCAAUACUGUGCCUCCCAGACACAGGCUGUUGUCUUUAUUUCUCAUUCACUUCAGUUGUUGCUGAAGCACAUUGCUGGACUAUCUGUCUCAUGGUGAAUUAAUUGCUUUUAAUUUCACAGGACUGCAGGGAUGAGCUUGUGGACUCAGGUCCUUUAUGUGAGACACUACUGCGUCUGAUGCACAUUUGCAGCCAGUUUGUAGGCAUUUUUACAUUCUGAUUUAAUUGUUGGUAUGGUGGAUGUUCAAAUGACACUGGAAUUUGUGAGAGGAGGCAUUUCAGCUGUCAGUCAAUGUCCAUGAUGGGGAAGCUUAGAGACUGGUCCUUAGAGCCCAGCUAAAACCAGGGGAGUAACCUAUUUAAUUGCAUUCCCAUCUAAAAGAUCAUUGAUUGAGGAGAAGAAAAUAUUGAACAUCUUUGCCACUCCACAGAGGUGGCCUGUUCAAGAUCCAGCUCUAAAAUAAUCUGGAUAUGGAUCAAAAGUACUGAUACAGAAAUAGAUCAUUCUGUUCUAAUUCUAGAUGGAGUCACCAAGCUCAAACCAUCUGUCUGGGAGGAUGUAGUUUGAUCAGCCAUUCAGGAUUACUGCAUUCAUUGAUUUCAGUAGCCAGGCAUAGAAAAUUGGUUUAAAAAUUUGUAAGGCUGAAAGGUGAAGACCUCUGCACUGAUCUGAUGGGUGCAGCACAAAAUCUUGGUACUGCGUGAGGUGUGGUUUGGUUGUGGGUUUGGUUUUGCUUCAUGAGGUAAUAAGAAACAAUGCAUUGCUCUCUGUAAGCUUUCUAGGGUGUUCUUGAACACGUGUACCAUUAGGGAAAAAACAUUUCUGAAGCUGUGUUAGCGUAUUAGAGUUUUUCAUCUGUGCAGACUGCAUAGGCAGCUUGUGAAGAAGUCAGGAUGUCAGACCCAGAGCUAUUUGAUUUUGUAGCUGCAGAAUAUGAUUUAAAUAUGGCAUUACUACUGGCUGGCCCAUUAUUGAAGUUGCUGCCAAUUAAUCUUGCUAUACAUGUAACAACAGAGCAGUCUGGGUGCACAUUCUAACUUGAGUUACAUGGUUUUAAUUUGUUGAAUAAACUCCAGUGGAUGCUCUGUUAGGAAUCCAAUAUUUACAGAUAUCAUUUGUGUGUUACUUAAUGAGGUAUAACCCAAAUCAUCACCAUGCAGUUCAGAAAUAGAACGCAACAGCUGUAAUUCUGAGAAGGAGAUGCAGGUCACGAGUUCAAACCUUGAGAUUAAAGGGAUGACUUUUACCCUACUGUCUUUACUUUGUCAUGCUUGCUAUAAGUAGAUGUCAAGGCCCUCUGGUUUAUGAACCACUGAGCUUAUAUUUCUCUGUCUUAUUUUAAUUAUUUUUAUUUUUAGUUAGUGAAUCUGAUCAUUUGCCUCUCCUGAUAUUUAAGUCUUACUGACUUAAGUGGAAACAGGAUUUCCUGUGGUGAUUAUAACCACAGGUGCUAGGAUUAAGGAAGGCCUUUUCCACAGUGGCAUACAGACUAAAACUGGAAUGAUGCAUAGAAGAUUAGUGUGGCAUCCUCAAGGCUGACAAGCAGUUUUAGGAAAGCACGGGAGGGGAUCAAACUCUGGGAGAUGUAACCAUGGGGAAAUUUCUUUGGCAAAGUUUUUAUGAAUACUUGAAUCUGAACUUAUUCAACUCUGGAAAUCAGCUGUUGGAAGCAGAAACCUCUCUGGAUGCAGCAGUGAUGUCUGCAGCCUUUAUGGGAAAUGUGUAUGUUUUUAGCAUAGAGGGUUUAGGCUGUUGAUGCUUCUCUAGACCCCUAAUGUCUGGCUGUACUCUGUGGAGACAGGGUGCAACUUUUCUGGAGAGAAGCUAUUUUAGGAGUUGAAAAAUGUGAAGAAUAACAUAGCACUGAAAUACAGACUAAUGGUGAUGAACCUUUCUGUUCCCUUUUCUUCUUUUCCAUAAGAAUUUUUUCCCUUUUCCUUCAGAUUUUAGUCAUUCUGGCUUGAGGUCCUGUCUAAAGUUCCAGUGCUGUUGUUUUGGAGUUUUUCUGGUGGUCUUUGGUAACAGUUUUUUUGGGUUAAUUGCAUUCUAGAUGUCUUUUAUUAAGCUGCAGUUUUAAACACAGACUAUACACUGCUGUGUGGACAUUACAGCUUUGUGUUCUUACUUGAUGGUGGAAGAUGAUGCCAUUCCAUAAGUUCUCAGAGAUGACACCUGAAUGGCUUUUUGGAUCAGAUCCUGUUGACUACUCGUGACUGUUUCCACUGAAAUUAUUAAAUCCAUUUGUAGGAAUGAGAACUUCUUUUAUGUAUAUAGAUAUUUAUGUAUGAAUAUAUAUAUUUAUAAAUACACAAAAAUAUAUGUGUGUCUAUAAAUAAAUAUUAAAAUAAAAGUUCUUAUUCCUGUUUGAUA